AAAGUUAAGGGUUUAAAUUCAUGUUGUUAACAACGGUCACGGGUUUAUAACCUUAAAAAAUAGUUCACCGCAUAUUUAGGACAGGUCCUGCUUGUGACAUGACCUACUAACUCAGCUUUUCGUCGGAGAUGAAUUCAGUAGAAGCAGUAGAGAAGAUCUUGAACUACAGUUUCGUGAACAAGACUCUUCUCAAGGAAGCUAUCACACAAAAAUCUCCUUUAUUCGACCGGCUUGAGUUCUUCGGCGACUCUAUUCUUGAGGUCGCCUUCACUAAUUACAUCUGCCACACUUACCCUAACCUCAAAGUCAAGGAGUUGCGUGACUUGCGAACUGCAAAUGUUAGUAACGAGAAGUUCGCUCGUAUCGCCGUCAAUCACAAUCUCCACCACUUCCUUUUACUCCAGAAUCCUUCUCUAUUUAAAAAGAGGCGGUGAGGAAAGAAGAUGAUCCAGUUCCGUAUGGUGGAUUAGUGAAAGCACCAAAGAUUCUUGCUGACACUUUAGAGUCAAUAGCUGCAACUGUUUUUAUUGAUGUGAAUUAUGAUGUGAAAAGACUCUGGGAGAUCUUUAGGAGUCUUUUGGAGCCAAUAUAUACACCGGAUGAUUUACUGCUGCAACCUAAACUACCAUUUCUUACGCUUUUUCGCUUAGCUGAUAAACACGGCAGCGAAUCGACUUCAGGUAUUCGAAAGAUGACGACAUCAACAAAAAUAUUGCUGAGGUAUAUCUUGAUGGUAUAUUUUUAGCUUCUGGAUGUGCUAAAGUAUAGAUGCCGCUAAGUUGUUUGCUGCUGAGGAAGCGAUACGAAAGUUGUCAGAUCAGAAUGUAUGCCUAUUGAAAAGAUUAGGAAUAAAGAUUGUCUAGAUGUGGACCUUGAAGAUGUGAAAGGGAAGUCGUUUGAGAUUUGCUCCACUGAAUUAUUUUCUCUGUCCACUGUUUCUGAGAACUCUUUAACUGAUGAAAUGUCACAAGAAGAGGUGGUUAUUGAUGAGGAUAGUCCGAAUGUUGAACCUGAAGAUGUGAAAGGGAAGUUGUUUGAGAUUUGCUAUACGAGAAAGCUCCAAAUACAGACUGGUUCCUCUGGAAACCCUUUAACCUAUGAAAUGACUACAAAACAAAUGGUUGUUGAUAAGGAUAGUCUACAUGUGGAACCCGUAAAUGGGAGAGGGGAGUUGAUUGAGAUUUGCACCAAAAAUAAGUGGCCAAGGCCGAUUUUCAGUGUUCAGGAAGAAAAAGGACCAAAAAAUGAGCCCAAAUUUGUUUGUUCAGUAAAGAUUGAGAUACCAAAUAUAGAAGGAACCUUUCACAUGAAGGGAGAUAUUAAAUCAAAGAAAAAGCAAGCAGAAAACUCCUUAGCCUACCACAUGAUAAGAGCCUUGGAAUCUUCUCUAGUGAGUCUUGUCAUAAGUAAUUUACAAAAGCCGAAAAGUUUAGAUGAGAAGAAUAAUCCAUUGCUCUUCAGCUCAGAGAUGGAUUCUUCAGUGGAAGCAGUGGAGAAGAUCUUGAAUUACAGUUUCGUGAACAAGACUCUUCUGAAAGAACUGCUUACACACAAUAAUUCACCUUUAUUCCAGGGGCUUAUGUUCGUUGGUGAGUCGGCUCUUUCUCUCGCCUUUACGAAACACUUAUACCUCACUUACCCUAUGCUCGAACCCAAGGAUUUGUCUGUGUUGCGAGAUGCGAAUACAUGUCAUGACAAAUAUGCUUGUGUCGCCGUCAAAAAAGGCAUUUACCAAUCCUUUAUAGGCAGUGUCCCAAAGCCAGAAAAAAUGACUACAGAUUUCAUAGAGUUGAUGGGCAAAGAAGAUGAUCCAUACAGAGUUGUGAAAGCCCCCAAAAUUCUCGUUAAUCUUCUAGCUGGUGUAGCUGGAGCUGUUUAUAUUGAUGUGAAAUAUAACGUACAACGACUCUUGGAGAUCUUCAGGGUUCUUUUGGAGCCAAUAUAUACACUGGAUGAUUUACGGAUGCAACUUAAACAACCAUUUCUUAUGCUUUUUCGUUUGGCUGAUAAACACGGCAAGCAAAUCGACUUCAGGUAUUCGAAAGAUGGUGGCAGCAGAAAAAAUAUUGCUCAGGUAUAUAUGGAUGAUAUGUUUAUAGCUUCCGGUUGUGCUAAACGUAUAGAUACCGCAAAGUUGCUUGCUGCUGAGGAAGCGAUACAGAAGCUCUCAGAAUGUAUGCCCAUCGAAAAGAUUAUUCAUCAAGAUAAUCUAGACGGUGAGGUAAUUCAGACUGGAUCAUCUUCUUUGCUUACUGCCUUUGAGAACCCUUUAACCGAAGAAAUGACACAAGAACAAAUGGUUAUCGAUGAGGAUAGUCUAGAUGUGGAAUGGAAGUUGUUUGAGACUGAAGAGCUCCAAAUACAGACUGGAUCAUCUUCUAUGUCCACUGUCUCUGAGAACCCCUUACCUUGUGAAAUUACACCAACAAAAAUGGUUAUUGGUGAGGUUAGUCCGCAUGUUGAACUUGAAGAUGUGAAAGGGAAGUCGUUUGAGAUUAGCUCCACUGAAACAUCUUCUUUGCCCAUCGCCUUUGAAAACCCAUUAACCAAUGAACUGACACAAGAACAAAUGGUUAUUGAUGAGAAUAGUCCAUACGUUGAACCUGUAGAUACUAAAGGGAAGUUGUUUGAGAGUUGCUCUGUUGAAUCAUCUUCGUUGCCCACUACCUCUGAGAACCCGUCAACAUAUGAAAUGACAACAAAACAAAUGGUUGUUGAUAAGGAUAGUCCACAUGUUGAACCAGAAGAUGAGAAAGGGAAGUUGUUUGAAAUUUGCGCCAAGAAUAAGUGGCCGAACCCGAUUUUCAGUGUUGAGGAAGAAAGAGGGCAACAAAACGAGCAGAAAAUUGUUUGUUCAGUUAAGAUUGAGAUACCAAAUAUAGAAGGUACCUUUCACAUAAAAGGAGAUGCAAAACCAACGAAAAAGGAAGCAGAAAACUCCUCAGCCGACCACAUGAUAAGAGCCUUGGAAUCUUCUGUAAUGAGUCUUGUCAUAACGAAUCUGCAAAUGCAUGAAAAUUUAGAUGGGAAGAAGAAGAAUCUGCAAAUGAAGGAAAGUUUAAAUGAAAACAAAACUCUGCUGCAUUCAACAAAGAGGAGGAGAAGACUAUGAAAGACCAUUGUCUCUGUAGCCAGAGUCACUCACCUCUGCUUGUGAUCACAUCAUGUCUAACAUAAGUUCUUGUCAUAGUAUAACCCAACAACUCUUGAACUGUUGUCU